CUUCAGUCUCCUCCUUUUUCACUUCCUCUCCCCCUUCAGUGGCCUCAGCCAUGGAUGACCAGACCCCAGCCAACAACAACAACAGCCCGGUCGCCGGCUCCACCGCCAACCGCACUGCCGCCGAGCCCAUGCGUUCCCGAUGGACCCCGAAGCCCGAGCAGAUCCUCAUACUUGAAUCCAUCUUCAACAGCGGCAUGGUGAACCCCCCCAAGGAUGAGACGGUGAGGAUCCGCAAGCUCCUCGAGAAAUUUGGUGCAGUCGGCGACGCCAACGUGUUCUACUGGUUCCAGAACCGGCGGUCGAGGUCCCGCCGCCGCCAGCGCCAGCUGCAGGCCGCGCUCGCCGCCGAUCCGAGAGCUGCAGGCGGCGGCCACCACGCCGGCGGUGCAAUUAUGUGUGCACCUACAUCUAGCUCGUCCAGCACGUCGUCUUCUAAUUCCUCAAGUGGAGGCUUCUUUCCUUGCUCCUCUUCUUCCUCCUCUAGUUUCAUGCAGGAGGAUGGCGCCGAUGAUCUCUUUUCGAUCUCUCGCCAAAUGGGCUUCGCAGACAAUUAUACUCAAACUCCAUUCAUGUACUCUUCGGAUGCCUCGCAGUUACACUACCAACCUGGGACUAUCACUGUCUUCAUCAAUGGAGUCCUUUCAGAGGUUCCGAGGGGCACAAUAGACCUGAGAGCUAUGUUUGGCCAAGAUGUGAUGCUCGUUCAUUCCUCUGGAGAGGUUCUUCCUGUCAAUGAGUAUGGAAUUUUAACGCAGAGCUUGCAGAUGGGUGAAAGUUACUUCCUGGUUUCAAGGCCUACCUAGUCUGGGUUCAAAAUUGGAUGAAUAAAACCAUGGUGGUCCUCAACAAUUCAAUUAACAACAUAAGAAGGUGCAGUUUCAAUCGACAAGAAAGCAAGCUUGCAGGCUUGCGUGCUGCUAUUCCAUUUCUCUUGUUGCAAGCUGCUCUCUAAACCAUUGUCAUCACAAGUCAAUCCUGCUAUGCCUUGAGAUGAUGUAACUUUUCCACUUUUUAAACCUUGAUGUUCUGGUUCAUGAACUCAUUUAGACUGGACUGUAUCAGUAUUGUAAGCAAAUUAAUUUUUUUGUGCUCUUGAAUUUGCUUUUCUUUUUCGUUUUCUUUCUUCUUUUUUGGGAGUCAUGAUGCUCCUAAAAAUAUAAUCUCAGCGUUAGUUCCUUAGGUAUUAUAAAUGUGAGAUAAUUGGAAAAUAAUAUAGUAAGAUGAUAGUAGUUGGUGUC